AUGGUGAACUCCACACAGGUUUCAUAUUUCACACUCACUGCCUUUUUUGACACCGGGCUCUUAAGAUACUUGUAUUUCAUGAUUGUUAUGUUGUUAUAUCUUUUAAUCCUUUGUGCCAAUGUGCUGCUGAUUGUGGUCAUCUGUGUGAACAGAAGCUUACAUGAGCCUAUGUACCUGUUUCUGUGCAGCCUGUUUGUAAAUGAACUGCUUGGUAGCACAGGGCUGUUUCCAUUGCUCCUGGUUCAGAUUCUCUCUGACGUUCACACUGUUUCUGCUUCUCUGUGUUUCGUGCAGAUCUUCUGUGCUUAUUCCUAUGCGAUCAUACAGUUUAGUAAUUUAUCCAUCAUGUCUUAUGACAGAUACCUUGCUAUCUGCUGUCCUCUGCAGUACAACACACGAAUGACAUUUCACAAGGUUACUGUGCUCAUUGCUCUAUCAUGGUUUUUCCCAUUUCUUGCGGUUUUUAUUUUGCUCUCACUGACUGUCCCUUUACAGCUGUGUGGGAACAUCAUUCCCAAAGUUUACUGCGACAACUAUUAUAUUGUCAAACUGGCCUGUUCUGACACCACAGUCAAUAACAUCUAUGGACUCAUUUCCACUUCUCUCGCAAUCUCAUGUCCAGUGACACUGAUCCUUUACACCUACAUGAAGAUCCUUAAAGUGUGUCUCUCUGGCUCCAAACAGACCAGACAGAAAGCUGUCAGUACCUGCACACCUCACCUCGCUUCCCUGCUCAACUUUUCCUUUGGGAUGUCCUUUGAAAUAUUACAGAGCAGGUUUGAUAUGAACAGUGUGCCCAACAUGCUGCGGAUAUUUUUAUCCCUGUACUGGCUCACGUGUCAGCCGCUCCUAAACCCUUUACUGUACGGCGUGAAUAUGUCGAGUAUCCGUAACAUUUGUAAAAAGCUGAUUUUUGCUGAUUUGAAAAUUAGUCUCGGUCACAUGAAGGAAACGUUUCACCUCCAUCCAAAGGGCUUAGAUCACCUGAAGCCUUUCAGAUGA